AUGUUUGGAGCAGUUGUUGCUGGAAGACUGGCACCUCUGAAUGAUGUCAAUCACAUCACUGUGUUUUUAACUGGUGUGACUCCCUUACCUGAGCAAAUGGGAGGUGGAGUUUAUCUCGGAUUGCAACAACAAGGUGCCCUUGUUUGGUACUUCCUUGGUGUACUUACUAAUGCGAGGCCUAGCGCCAUUUAUAAAGUGGGAAACCUACGUAAAAGUAAGUCGUCAUCAGCUUCCCUAAAGUUUUCCAACGGGAAGUUUAGAAUGUGCCUUUGGUUUAUGUUAGUUGAUUGGCAACCGCAGUCGAAUCCUAAACAUGGACUUGAGCAGAGCAGGGAGAGAGUGCGAUACAGGGCUCAUCCUAGGGAAUGGUGUUUUAGUGGUUUGUUUGAGCCUAAUGAAAGCGAAGUAAUAGGAAACGUAAAAUCCCGGAAAGUAUUCCAGCGCUAUUCCUUUUUAAGGUUUUUCACCAAGUGCACUCGCAAUUGUUCAGUGAUAUGA